UAUGCAUGAAAAUAGAUUUCUUCAUCGUGAUAUUAAACCAGAUAAUUUUGUUAUUGAUUCAGGACCUAAUCCAAAAAUGUUAUAUUUAAUAGAUUUUGGUCUAUCUAAACAUUAUAUUGUAUUAUAUAUGUAAUUAAUUAUUAGAAUAGUAAAGGAGAACAUAUACCUUAUGUUAAGAAGGCAGGAUUAAUAGGAACUGCAAGAUAUGCCUCUAUAAGUGCACAUGAAGAAAUGGAAUAAGGAAGAAAAGAUGAUCUUGAAAGUAUUGGCUAUGUGUUGAUAUAUCUUGCAACAGGAAAUCUACCUUGGAUGAAUUUAUAAAUAGAUUCUAAGGAUGCUAAAUAUGCUAAGAUUUAUGAAAUAAAAAAAGAAAUUAAGAUUUAAGAUUUAUGUUAGAAUUUACCAAAAGUAAUAUUAAAUUUAAAUAUAGUGUUUCUAUUUUUAUAUGAAUGAUGUUAAAUCUUUAGAAUUCUAGGAAUCUCCUAAUUAUGAUAAAUUAAAAUCUUAUUUUGAGAGAGAAAUAGAAAACCAUAAUCAAUAAAAUAUGAAUGCCUCUUAAUUUUCAUUUGAUUGGGAAAGAUUACCAGAAUAUAGUAGAUAAAAGAAGCAUUAGACAAUUCAUGUUAUGCAAGUAAAUUCUUAUUAAUCUAGAAUUAAGACAAAAGGUAAUAAGUAGAUAUUGUAUUUAAUCCACAUAAAUUAAAUCAAAUAAGUAAAUAAAAUUAGUUUAUUAAUUAAUAAACAAAAGAUUCUUAAUAAAAAUCAACAUAAAAUUAAUAACUUACAUUUGAAUAAAUAAUGAAUGAAAAAAGAAAGGGAACUAAAAGGACUGUUUAUAGUCCUACAGGUAAAAGUAAGAAAACACCACUUAUGAUAAAUAUUUUAGAAAAUAAUGAUUUCAAUAAACAAAAUUUAUUAUCUCCAAUUAUUACACCUGAUGAUAGUAGAAUUUUAAGAAUGCAAAAUCAUUCUUCCACAUUACUCUAAAAUCCUUAAGUCAAUUCAUCAUAUUUAUAAGAUUCAUUUAUAUUACCUUCAGUAGCAACUUCAAGAAUAAAUAAUUAUUUUGAGAGUGAAGGUGUAGUUAGUGAAGGUGGAGGAUUACCAAUAUGGGAUUUAUGUGAUGGAUCAAAACCUGAAUUCUAAAAAGUAACAGGAAUAUUAGAAGGAAUAAAAAAACCUAGUUUAAUAAUAUUGAGAAAAGAAAGAAAAGCACAUACUUGUAAAUUAUAUCUUUAAUUUAUUUAGAAAUAGAUACUGUUAAAUUAAUGUAAGAAUUAUUUGUUCAACCAAUUAAAUUAAUUGGAGAUUAAGAAUCUUAUGUUGAAGGUUUAGAAUGA